AUGGAUGAUCCGUAUUGGGAUCCGUACUGGGCCACCCAACUCCGCGGCGACCAGAUCAACUACCCCAACAGUCUCCCUGCCAAUAUGACUUCUGGAUUUGUCCGAGCCAUCGAGCUGGAAUGGGACCCCAAGGCCGAAAGCAGCCUGAAUCGAGCAGUCAGAACAUAUCGCAUUCGUUAUGAGAAGCUCAAGGCCAUGACCGAACAUUACGCGUACCAAGUUGCCGACGAACGCAACAAGAGCUAUGUUCUCAUUAUUGGCUCGUUUCACGAAAGCACGACCACCACCCACCGAGGCCAAAAGACAACCAAGCCUGACGGCUGUCACUUCACUGUCAAUUUGGAGCCUGGUGAGGAAUCAGUUCAUGUAUACUACAAUCUCCGCGUUCCGGACAACCGCCAAUACGAGUGGGUUGGCCAAAGCGUCGUUCCUGCACUGAAGCAGGGCGAAACGCACCGGCGCAUUGACCCCUUGCAAUGCAAAGGUCGCUGGGUGUUUGACGGACAGCACAUGGUGGACCCUUAUGCUCUUGCCUCGGGAAGUCGCCAUUGA